AUGUUUGAUGAUCUCCGCUUGGCAGGACAAUUCUGCGACGACGUCCUCCAAGUUGAAGAUAUUCAGUUUCCAAUCCACACAAUCAUCAUCUGUGAUUGCAGCCCUUACUUCCAGACUUUUUUUGGACACCAGAAAAGGACAGGCAAGGUUUUACCCAUACCCCUUGUGUCUCCUGACGUUAUGCAGAUCAUCAUUGAAUUUGCAUACACCGACUCUGUCGCUGUGACGAAAGACAACGUGCUUGAGUUGAUGCUCGCAGCUGAUAUGCUCAACAUAAUGGGCAUGGUAAAAGCAUGCUCCAACUUUAUCGGUGAGCACCUGUGCUCACAGAACUGCAUCGGCAUCUGGCAUUUCACAGAUAUCUGCCCCAGCUCCGAGCUGCGAUGCAAGGCCUUCCACUACAUUAUGAAGCACUUUGAGGGAGCAGUUAACUGUGUGGAGUACCUGCAGCUAUCUGUGCAGGAGCUCACGGAAAUCCUUGACAAAUAUGAAGUUAACGUGAAGAAUGAGAGGACUGUGUUUGAUGUCAUCCUGCGCUGGAUCGCCCACAUACCCAAAGAACGAGAACAACACAUGGCUGUGCUUUUGUCUAAGGUGCGGCUGGGCAAGACAAGCAUUGAGUACAUUAGGGACAACGUGAUAACCAACAAGCUGGUGAGGCUCAACCCUGCGUGCCUACAAAUACUUGAUGAUUCCUUAAAAAUAAUAGGGUUCUUAACCACACACAUGCCCAAAACAGGUUGGAGUAACACUUCCGUCCGUCCUCGUCUGCCUAAUUCCCUUAUGUGGGUCACUGGAGGCGAGAGGAGAUGCAAAGCAUCUUGCGAUAUUGCGAUGUACGAUCACCUUGUUGAUCGCUGGAUCAACAUCAGUGAUAAGCUGGAGUCUCCUCGGGCCUAUCACAGCACCGUCUUCCUUGAUGGUUAUGUCUACUUGGUCGGAGGCUCCAACUUGAUGGAGAGGUUAAACAGCAUGGUCAGGUUGGACCUGAGGACACACAACUGGCAGGAGGUGAUGUUCAUGCACUACCGACGUUGCUUAAUGAGCAUAACCAUACUGAAUGGGUUCAUCUACGCCCUUGGAGGUAUUAAUGAAGAUGUUGGCCUCAACACUGCAGAGCGCUACUGCCCCAAAACCAACCAGUGGAUGCUUAUUGCACCCAUGAUCGAGGGGAGGCACAGUGCCAGCUGUGCAACACUGGAUGGCAAGAUAUACAUUUGCGGUGGUGUCAACAGGACUGAAAUCCUGUGGACGGCUGAAUGUUAUGAUCCAGAGACCAACCAGUGGACACUGAUCGACCAUAUGACCAUCAGGCGAAGUCAACACAGAGUUGCUGCAUAUAAUAACCAAAUUUAUGCAAUCGGUGGCUUUAAUGGCGUACACCCUCUGAAAAGCGUUGAAACCUACAACCCCAAGACCAACACCUGGAGACGGCUGAGCCCCAUGUUGACUCACCGUAGCAACCUUUGCCUUGAGGUGAUAGAAGACAACUUCUAUGUUGUUGGGGGCUUCAUGGGCAUCACCACCACUAAUUGCGAUGAAGUCUAUUGUCCUCGCACUGACACGUGGCGAUAUAUCUGUAGGUCAAAGAUGUGCCGCGUCGGCAUGAGCUCCUGUGUUGUGUCCGGAAUCCCCAACAUGCUUGACUUUACUUUCCCUCGAGACUCUCUGCCACAAUAUUAUGUUGAAUGUGACCCUGAAUGA